AUGUCUUUAGUCCAUUUAGCAAACACAUGCUCGCAUCUCCAAAACGCCUCGCGAGCUCGACUGGGACUCACGUCCAUCCCUGACACCAAGUUCCACCUGAAGCUUAUGCUUGCUAUGCAGAACUCGGGGUUCAUAUCAACCGUGGUCCGUGGCGGGCCUACGCCUCCUCCUACACAUGGCUUGCUGUCGCAUCCGACGUCGUCCGAUCCCGCAGCGCCCAUUGAGCCCGUGACAAGACACAACAUAUCUACACGGCGGCUGUGGCUGGGGCUGAAGUACUGGAACAGCACGCCAGUACUGGAGAAACUGAGUCUCGUGAGCAAGCCGACAAGAAGAAUAUGGAUGGACGUCACAGGGUUAAAAAAGCUCGUACUGGGUCAGGACGCAGGCUACGUCAAGGGGCUGCGGAAACCCGGGGAGUGUAUCUAUGUGAGUACGGACAGGGGCAUUUUAGAAGCCAGGGAGUGCGUGGAGCAAAAGGUGGGAGGAAUGUUAAUCUGCCGAGUCGGGUAA